CUACCCCCUCACGUGACCCAGGACGUCACUGCGGGGAGCCGGGGACAGGCGCUACGGCAGCCGGGAAGCGGCGAUGUCGGGGGAUGGAGAACGCUCCCCGUUGCUGCCCGCGGAGCUUGGCGAGCCGGGCACUCCCGGGGCGGGCGGGACCCUGGCCGGGCCUGGGGGGCUCGUGCCCUCCGCGCCGCUCCCGCCCUACGGGGGCCCCGCGGCAGGGAAGCCGGCCCCGCCCCAUGGCUUCCCACCGUUCCCGGAUGGGCAUCCAGCUGUGCUGCCCGGCGAGGACCCCCCGCCCUACUCCCCCAUGGCCAGCCCCGACAGCGGCAGCGCCCCCAUGAUCACCUGCCGCGUCUGCCAGAGCCUCAUCAACGUGGAGGGCAAGAUGCACCAGCACGUGGUGAAGUGCAGCGUCUGCAACGAGGCUACGCCGAUCAAGAAUGCUCCCCCAGGGAAGAAGUAUGUGAGAUGUCCCUGCAACUGCCUGCUGAUCUGCAAGGUGACGUCCCAGCGCAUCGCCUGCCCCCGGCCCUACUGCAAAAGAAUCAUUAACCUGGGCCCGGUGCACCCAGGGCCCCUGAGCCCCGAGCCCCAGCCUGUGGGAGUGCGGGUCAUCUGUGGGCACUGCAAGAAUACUUUCCUGUGGACAGAGUUCACAGACCGCACCUUAGCCCGCUGCCCGCACUGCCGCAAAGUCUCCUCCAUUGGGCGCAGGUACCCCUGGAAGAGAUGCAUCUGCUGCCUUCUCCUGGGUGUCCUAGUGGCUGUAGCUGCCACAGGCCUAGCGUUUGGCACAUGGAGGCACGCCCGGCGGUACAGUGGGAUCUACGCCUCCUGGGCGCUUAUCAUUCUCCUGGCCGUGCUGUGUCUGGGCCGGGCCAUGUACUGGGCCUGCAUGCGAGUCAGCCACCCCGUCCAGAACUUCUCCUGAGCCGCCCCUGCCGCGGGGAGCCCCGCCCAUCUCAGUCAGCUCCUGCCCAGCCCCCUGGUCCGCUCCCGUGCCUCUCGCCUUGGUCCUGCUCCCCUCCCAACCUGCCGGAGCCUGAGCAGGAGACCCCCACAGGACGGGACCAAUGGAGGCGGCUGCAGUGGUCUCAAGGGCUAGGGGCCCACCAGCCCAAGAGGGCAGCUGAACUAUGGUAGCUCUGUCUGGACCAACCAGAGAGGGAGCUGGAUUACAGUGGCUUGGCUGGGACCCACCUAGCCAAGGGACGCUGGGUGACAGAGAUAGGACACCCCCCCGCCCCCCAAGGGAGACUGGAUGAUGGAGCUGGGACCCACCACCCCAGAGACCCCACACGCCCAAGGGACACUGGACGACGGAGCUGAGACCAACCAUGCCGGAGACCCCACACACCCAAGGGACACUGGACGAUGGAGUUGGGACCCACCACCCCCUCCCAAGGGACACUGGAGCUGGAACCUCCUCCUCCUCCUCCUCCUCCCCUCCCCACAACAUCCCCCGCACUCAAGGGACACUGGAUGAUGGAUCUGGGACUCACCACCCUGGAGACUCCACGCACCCAAGGGACACUGGACGAUGGAGCUGAGACCCACCGUGCCGGAGACCUCACACACCCAAGGGACACUGGACGAUGGAGCUGGGACCCAAUACCUCGGAGACCCCACGCACCCAAGGGACUCUGGACAAUGGAGCUGAGACCCACCAUGUCGGAGAUCCCACACACCCAAGGGACACUGGACGAUGGAGCUGGAAUCCACCACCCCGGAAACCCCAUGCACCCAAGGGGCACUGGAUGACAGAGCUAGGACCCCCCACCCAAGGGAUACUGAACAAUGGAGAUGGGACUCACCACCCCCUCGCAAGUGACACUGGAGCUGGAACCUCCUCCUCCCCUCCUCACAACACCCCCCGCACCGAAGGGACCCUGGCUGACGGAGCGGCAACUCACUGCCCAGGAUGACGUGGCCAGAAGGAAGCCCCGAUGGCUGCUUAGUCACUGGGGGUCCCACAUCCCUCCUGAUGGAGGCACUGCCAUGCCCAGCACCCCUUUGGCCUGCAGGGAAGUGGCGUGGGAGGGGGCCCCACAGUGGGGGGACAUUGAGUUCAUUCUGGGGGGUGGGACCUGCUGGGGAGGGGAGCUGCCACCGGGGGAUGAGAAGGAUUCAGCUCACUGCUGCUUCAUGAUGGGGUCACCUCUUAGGCCACCAUUCACCCCACUGAUCUGUGCUCUGUCAGCCAUGCCCCCAUCCCUCCCAAGCCAGACAGGUCUCUGCCCUGGGGCCUCGUGGGAGCUGGCGCCCUCUAGAGGGAACAGACCCCAUGUCCCGUUCCCUUCCUCACUGAACCAGCCAGUCCCUGUCCUGGGGCCAGAUGGGAGCCGGCAUCUCCUAGAGGGGAAAGACCCUGGGCCCCUUCCCUGCCCCCGAGCCAGCCAGUGUCCACGCUGGGGCUGGAUGUGAGCAGUGCUGCCUAGAGGGGAAAGGCCUGUGCCCCUGCUCUGUUUAGGGACCAAAGGUAACUUUUAUUUGGGUGGAGGAGCUGGGGCAGAGCAGCCCCUGUCCCAAUCCUCCCCUCAGCAGGGGCAGCUGGGGGCACUGUCUCUGCUGCCUGGGGGGAAGCUGCUCUGGGUUUGCUCUUCUUCUCUCCCCCCCCAUCACGGCUGCUCUGGUUCUUUGCACAUUCGGUGGGGGGGGCAAUGGGUAAUAGCCCCCUUGCAUGGGGGCCCUGAGCCUUCCCAGCAUGUCUCUGAGCUCCCCCCCACAGCCACCCCUUCCCAUCCAGCCCCUCACCCCCACCCCACCCCUUGAGCUGAUUGCUGCAGUCUGGGGAGCAGAGCGCUGCCCCCAUUGCUGCAUGGGGGCGUGUGAUACUAACUCAGUCCCCUCUCCACACGCCCCUUGGCUGGGCCCUGCUUCCGCUGGGGUGUGGUUUGAGGACCCCCAGUGGGCUGCAGGGGACCAGGGUGAGCUCCCCAGAGGGCUGGUGAUGAGGGGCGCCUGGUGCUGGCUUCCCGCUUGGGGAGGGAGAAUGGAACAUCUCUGGCCUUGGUUCUUCAGGGAUCUUUGCGGGGUGGGACAGGGGUGCAUCCCCGUUCCUGGGGCUCCUCGCUGCUCUGGCUUGUACAUACUGACCCCUCUCCUGUACAUAGCUAUUUAAAUCCAGCCCCAGCUCUUUCCCCCCAGCCCACCCCGUGCAGCGCUACUUUAACCCGGUGUGUCUGUCCCAGCCUGAUGGACACCCUGACUGUAAAUAAAGAGAUUCCACAUGCCA